AUGGGUUGCGGCGCGAGCAAAGAAGAUACAGCGGGCAAAGUUCGUAACGAUGAGAUCGAGAACCAGCUCAAACGCGACAAGAUGGCUCAGAGGAAUGAAAUCAAGAUGCUGCUACUUGGUGCUGGUGAAUCCGGAAAGUCAACCAUUCUCAAGCAGAUGAAGCUCAUCCACGAAGGCGGCUAUUCGAGAGACGAGAGAGAGUCCUUCAAGGAGAUCAUUUACAGCAAUACAGUGCAAUCGAUGAGGGUCAUCCUUGAGGCUAUGGAGUCCUUAGAACUUCCAUUAGACGAUCAGCGAGCAGAAUACCAUGUCCAGACAAUAUUUAUGCAACCACCACAAAUCGAAGGUGAAAGCAUGCCACCAGAGGUUGGAGCCGCCAUCAAGGCUCUAUGGCAAGAUGCUGGUGUACAAGAAUGCUUCAAGCGCUCUCGCGAAUACCAAUUGAACGACUCGGCUAGAUACUAUUUCGACUCAAUCGACCGUAUCGCCGCUCACGACUACCUUCCAAAUGAUCAGGACGUUCUCAGGUCGCGUGUGAAGACGACUGGUAUCACAGAAACAACCUUCAUUAUUGGGGACUUAACAUACAGAAUGUUCGACGUUGGUGGACAAAGAUCGGAACGGAAGAAGUGGAUUCAUUGCUUCGAAAAUGUGACGACCAUCCUCUUCCUCGUUGCCAUUUCCGAGUACGACCAGCUGCUGUUCGAAGACGAAACCGUCAACCGUAUGCAGGAAGCCCUCACUCUGUUUGACAGCAUCUGCAACUCCAGGUGGUUUAUCAAGACCAGCAUCAUUCUGUUUUUGAACAAGAUUGAUCGCUUCAAGGAGAAGCUUCCUGUGAGCCCUAUGCAAAAUUAUUUCCCAGACUACGAUGGUGGUGCCGAUUAUGCUGCUGCAUGCGAUUAUAUCCUGAACAGGUUCGUCUCUCUGAACCAGGCAGAGACCAAGCAAAUCUAUACACAUUUCACUUGUGCCACCGACACGACCCAAAUACGUUUCGUCAUGGGUGCUGUCAACGACAUAAUCAUUCAGGAGAAUUUAAGGCAAUGCGGACUGAUAUGA